AUGCAAAGCGAGAGGGAACAGUCAGAGGAGCGAGACUCGGUGACUCGAGCCACCUGCAUGGAUCCGCCGAGGAAGAACCUGACGCAGGUAGAUGAGUACAACUGUUCACGUGGGAAGGUCGUCGUGAGAGGACCAGGAUGGAUCUGGGGGGAUCAAGACGGAGGAGUCGGACAUGUCGGCGUCAUCCUGAGGAAGUUCUACAUCAAGAACCCUUACAAGCACGAGGAGGGGAGCGAUGAAGGGGUCGAGGAGGAGGAUGGGAGGGAGGAGGAGUUGAGGUGGUCAGCACCCGAGAGAAUCUGUCUGGCGCAGGUCCGCUGGGCUGUGGAGGACGUUCAGACCUACAGGAUCGGAACUUACGGGGAGAACGCCAUGACCCUGAGCGACCUGUGCCUGGCCCCGGACCAGGACGAGGAGGAGGCGAGGAAUCUACAGCACAUGUAUCAGUUCCGCACCAGGGUGUCGAAGAUCCCAGAGGAUCUCGACGAUCUUGACUUCGGCGAUGAGCUGCCGCAGCCCAUCGAGCUUGAGAACAUCCUCCUGCGGUACUUCCGCCCCGUCCCGCAUGUCAUAGCGCAGAUGAGGGAGGUGGGCGAGUACCUGGAGGAUGUGACGCUGUCAGUGAGCGAGAGUGAGAACGAGAUGUGCGACUUCUGCCACAUGCUGAUCUCCCACACGGACAACCAACUAGUGUGGAGGACAUGCGAGGAUGGGGAGGAGAGAAACUCCUUGUUCGCGACCCGGCUCCCCUGCGGACACUUGUUCCACAGGGAUUGUAUCCGACUUUGGCUCAUGGAGGACGCAGGGUGCCCGGCAGAAGACUGCACGCAGAGUUUUGACUCUUUGAAGUACAUCGGUGACGAUCGUGACAUGCAAGAGUACGACAACGAUGACAACGGGGACGACGAGUUCAUCAACGGAGCCACCCUUCAGUUCGUCUUCGAGAACCAGAACCUGUGGCUAAGGAUGGCGCUGGUGAUCCAACACUUCCAAGAGAUCGACAACAUGUCGGUGACGUCCAACCGCUUGCUGCUCUCUCAUCGUCGAACGUCCGUGGAUGAGGAAUCAGGAGGAGCAGGAAGAGCAGGAAGAGCAGGAGCUGGCUUCGACGAAGGUCGCCGUCCUCCUCCGCGCGACAAGCAGCGAGACUCGUUCAUGCACAAGCUGCGGGAUGUGCUGACAUGGGUGGACAUGCCGCAGCUGGAGGAGGGAGGGUGGAUGCUCUCGGAGCCCUUUGAGAUGAUGAUCAUCGGCGUUCGAGAUCGUAACCAGUUGAUCGCCAACCUCAACGCCGAGUCUGUGGUGGUAGUGGACCACUUGCUUGAUCUCGUGUCAAGGGGACAGGAGGAGAACCGGCGGGAGCUGCAAGGAAAGCUAUCUCCGCACAUGAGCAACUCCAACCUGCUGGCUGUCUGCGGGAGGCCGAGCGACGAGGCGUUGAGGAGCAUCUUUGCCUGCCUGCUUGCGUCAGAGGACGAUGAAAGUGUGGAGGAGGGAGGGGGGCGGGAGCUAAGAGCUUGCGGCGUCGGGCGGAGCGCCGGGGACCUCGAGAAUUUCAGACAGAUGGUGGUGCCGGUGCUUGAGAUGGUACUGUGCUGCUCAGACUUGCAGGGUCUGCUGGAUGAGUCGAAGAGGAGAAGGGAGGACGGCAGGAGAAAGAGUGCGAGGGCAGGGGAGGAGGAGAUGGGUGAGAAGAGGAGGAGAUGCUGGGAGCUGUUGCGGGAAGUAGAGGAUAAGGAUGAGAGGAGGAAGAGUCGGUUCAUCGAUGUAAGGGUAGAUCUCUUCAAGAUGGCACUCCUUGCCUACUGGCAGCUCGGGCUUGCGAUGGCUCAGGAACGUGUGCGCGAAGCUGACGAGGAGGAGGAGGCACAUCCUGCGAGAGACGAACCCCUUCUACCUCACGGAAAUGGGCCCGCACGUGGGGGAAAUCUCAUUCUAUGGCUGAUGGGGUUUCGAUGGAAGGAGAACGAGGAGGAGAAGGUGCCAUGGCAGAUGGUUUCAGAGGGGAUGGGGAAGGAGAUGGCGCAUCAGGCAGUUCGGGCAAGGGGGUUGGAAGAGGAGGAAAUGGUGGUGGUAGGAAGGAGGAGGAGUGGAGGAGGGGGGGAGGAGACUGCUGCUGUGAGGGAGGAGAGUCAGCGAGAGGACGCGAGGAAGAGAGCGAAAGACAUCGCCAAGAGAAAUCUCGACCGCGUCUGCGACUGGGUGGCUGGAAAGAUCAAGUCCGGCAUGGGCUCUGUUGAGUGGGCUGUGCUCGAGCUCGAGCCUUAUCUUUUCUUGUACCUCUGCUGA